AUGACUCGCGUGAACUCCUCUCUGCACCACGUGUUUCCUGACAGCCGGAAGAAUGCAAGCGUUUCAGGACUUUCCAAGCCGUACGAGACAUCUGAGGAGACAGAAACACUCAUUAGUUAUGGUCUGGACGUUCCUUACGACGACGACGAGACCAUGAGGCUUCAGUUGGAUGAAAACUCGCCUUUCUUUGCUACUAGAGUUGAGAAAGAUCUCAACCCAAAAAAGCUGCUCCCAUACAAGACAGAAAGCAUUAGAGAUCAGUAUCAAUAUCUGAGCCACAUUGUGAAGCAUUUGUACAUUGCCAUUGAGAGCGAAGAUCUCAAGGGAAAUCUUAGCAUCAGUGUCUCCGAUCUUGAGAAAGCAAAAUCGGUAUUACUUAGCCAAAGCACCAACGAUGAGGCGACGGAGCACGAAGAAGAAUGCUAUGAGACUUUGAACCAAACUGAAAGCGAGCGCGAAGAUGCAGAGAGCGAUGAAGAUGAGUUUUACGAGGAUUACGAUGAAAGCUAUCCUUCUGACGCGGAAGGCGAACAGUUCGCAUCAACUCCGGUGCCGAAUGUGCACAUCAAAUCUGCGGCUAUUAUCAGCCUCAAGCAUUGGACAAAAGAAUUGAAAAACCUACUGAGGAUGGGCCUUGUAAUUCCUGUGGCUCUCAACACUGCCCUGGUCAAGGUUUUCUACGCCGUGAUUCUUUCUCGUGGACAGGAGAUCAACAUACCGUUUUAUGUGAAUGUUGUUUUUCUUCUACUGAAAGAGAAAGAUGUUCUGUACGAAAGGGGUCUCCGCCUGGAUUGGAAACCGUUAUAUGAGGAACUCAACAGUAUCAUGCCUGAUGCAAGUGGCUCGUCUCAUUUUAGUGACGACCGCAGGUUUGGUCACUUGGUCAAGUUUGCCGGUAAGGUCAACAUUUUCUUCGACGAGGAUAGCGUCCCUCAGAUCAUGGAGAAGAUCAUGUCGAGGUACAAUAACCAGUCAGUUUCCAUUUCGUUUGUUCAAAUGGCGGUACUAGUGCCAAUUGUGCUCAAGAAGCCUGUCCUCAAAGGGGGGUCUGUCGUCUACGACGAAAGGGAUAUAAGACACUACUUGCCGUUUUUCUUUUCGUGUUGGACAUCUCAACGUCUCACUCCAGAAAUUACCUCUCUGUUGAAUGUUAUUGCCAAUAUAUCAGACAAGGUGUUAAAGGUUCAAUCUAGCGACCCCAGUCUCGUUGUCAUGGGAAAGUAUGGUAUAUUCACCGAGGAACAAUUUAAGUUCAUCAUGAACCAAUUGUUAUUAACCUCCAGAUCAUUUCGAAAAGAUGAAAGGAAUUCACAGUACAUUAAGCUCUUGAUAGAGAUGAUCAUCAACUCUAUGACCUCCAAACAUGCGCUCGAAAAGGAUGGUAUCAUGGACUUGCUCAAAACAUUUUGGGGAGCUCUGCAUACUUUGGUGCACCCCUCAAACUCGGGUGGAUGGUCCGUCCUUUUGUCCCAGGCUGUCAAGAGAAUGGUCGUUGUGUACCACAUCCGACUGCUGGAGGAAAAUGACGACAAAUCGCUCAGAUACUCAUACUUGGACGACUAUUCUAGACUUCCAACGGAUGUUAAACUCUCGCCUCAGAUUACGGAGCAAUUUAUCGACAUGCUCUUGCCACUAAUACACUUUGGAGUCCAAUCGAAGUCUGUUUCGCAAAGAAAGAGAUAUAUUACUGCUUUGGAAAUCCUAGCCUUCAUCAACCCAAAGAAAAUCCUGGACGACGUUCUACUGGACAUUUAUAGCUCUUUUGAGUCUGUCAAUUCUACACACAGGAUCAAUGUGGUUCUUCAUGAGCUGACAGUUUUGGUAAGGUACAUGGCUCAAUUACAAGUUUACCGUGUCCACAUCCCAAGACUUUUAUCCAUGCUGGUUCCUGGUAUCGACUCCAAUGACCCGGAGAAAACAAUCCUCACUUUGGAAUUUAUUAAAUCCGUUGCUGCUGUUGUGCCCCUCUCGGAUAUGAGUCAGGGUCAAGGCGACGGAGGGCUUGUGGCACUAGAUUUCACAACGCAGCACCUGGCAUAUUUGGAGGCAAAGUACUACAGAGGUGCACCACGCCAACUAUAUUAUGGUGAAGAUAUCCCUGACCAUUUUGUUUUUGAUCCUGACAUUGAGCUGGAAGCUCUCAAAUCGAGCUCAUCCUCAUUUGGAGAUUUUAUCAGACAGUUUGCUGAGAAAUGUUACAAGUAUCUGGAGUUUUCACCCAGUCUGGAGGAUGAUGGACAAGUGGAAACGCGCGCAAGUGUUUACAUCUCACAAACUUUUGAUUCAUUGGUCGAGUCACUGUCUGACGAGAUGUACAAUAUUCUAGCCGACUCUUUCUACGAAUAUAUCAGCAACAAUGUUCAGCAUGCGGUUGCCAUCGUAUUUUUCAAUAUCAUUGAACUCAUCAUCAGAAGAGAUCCAAGGAAUCAGUUUCCAAGAUUCUAUCAGUUCUUGGUGGAGCACGUGAAUGAGGAAAUUGACCACGGUGCUGGUGCCACACGUACGCAGGAAAUACUCGCCAAGGAUGCUCGGCUGACAUGGUAUCUUAAACUCCUUUCUGGCUCUCUGCUUGGUGCCAACGGGCUCAACGAAGAAACCUUCAACGAGAUGAGGGAUCUGAUCUCCAACAGACUCAUUAAACUUAGAGGCGAGGCCGCGUUUGCUGCUACUACAAUUCCUGAGUCAAUCCUCGCAGGCACCACAUUGACAAGACUUUUGGAACGCAGGCUAAUUCCUCAGUCUUGGAUUGACAAGAAUGGGCCUGUAGAUGAUCGCUGCUGGGGAGGUUUCCAAUUCGAAAAGUCGAGAUUCGAUUUGGAGCACCUCGACUUUUCCUGGUAUGUUCCUUCACCGAAAAGCGUAGAUCUGGCUGUUGAGUUUUUCGACUUCACAACUUCCUUGGCUGUUACUGAGAUUGAUCAAUUUGUUCAAGCGUUCAAUGCGGACGAGAAAAUCUCACUCGCUGUUUCUGACAGGAUUGAGUUUAACGUCAACUUGUUAGAAAGCUGUCUUGCUGGCAUAUGCACUUUGUUCGACCCAAACUUCAGUAUGGACUCUUUCAGCGCCAACAAACUGAUGUUCAAUGGUCUUUCAUCUAGUGCUCUUUCAUCCUCGGCCUCACUGGUAUCAUUGUCUAAUGAGAAGCCUGACGUCGACAUGGAGAAUUCUCCAGAACCAAUGGAGCUAGGCAGGGAUGUUACGGGUGAUUUGAUGAAAGAGACACUGGAUGGUGAUAUGGACCACGAGUCACAUGAAGAAGCUUUGGAGGAUACAGAUGGCGAGUAUCGCUUGAGAUCAGAUAUGGAGCCUAACAGUCCUCCAACAGAGUCUGAGUCUCCAAGCGGACUUGUAACCCCUGCUGCAGUGUCUGAUCCUGAUUGCCUAGCUGGCUAUCUUACUGAAAGACCUCCGGUGCUCUACAGUUUUGGCUACCACUAUGAAGGACGCGAUCAGCUCACAAAUCAUUGUGACCCGACAUACAUGAAGCUGCAUCGUGCCCGUGAAAGAAUCGGUAAAAGCUUACAUGGACUGGUCAAAUGCUUAAUGCAGCAAGACGGUGCUGUUGAACUUUGUCAGCAGGUUGUCCAUUGUAUCAAAUGUUGGCUAGAAAACUGCGGUAAUUUUGGAUCCAAGAACCCUAUUUUUAUUGACCACAUCCAUUUAGUGGACCUCCUGAGCAUUCCGCAUGUGAACUCGCCGUACACUAGAACGGUCAUUGGUGCUCGUCUGGCUAUUUACCAUUGCAACAGACUCUCGAUCUCGCGCUCGUCAAGGCUACCAGGGAACACGGACAAGCUGUUGAUCAAGGAUCUUGUUUCCCUGGCUGCUAGCAGGUACAACGAAACUGCACAGAAUGCUACCAUGGUUCUAGGUUCCGCACUCAACAAGAUUUUGAACUGUACAAAUCUCGUUUAUGGUAUCUUCAAAGAGUGGGAAGUGGCUUUGCUGAAUGAAGACAGAGAGAGGCUCAAGAAUGUGAUGAGGUUUUUCCUGGUUAAGAAGUUCAAAGGGUUUGCCGAAAGAAGCCUACACAAUUUCGGAAAGUAUGAAGAUCUUCUGGCUCGUUCUUUGGAAGUCAAUGACUCAGAGGUCAACUCGCUGGCAAUGAAGCUGUAUGGUUCCAUGAAAGACCAUAUUUUGGUCCCAAGUGUUGUCUGCAUGAUCGAUCAUAGCCUGGUUGAUUCCAUAAAACCGGCCUCGUCAACAGUUUCACUUCAGGUUAAAGCUUUAAAGUGUGCCAAGGAUCGCAAGAGACAUUUGAUUAUGGACCGUCUUAUACGUUUAGAGCUCUCCGUGCUUAAGCGUUCUCAAGCGGAUCUCCAUUGGAAAUUUAGACUCAAGGUCUUAGAGUUGUUAGCUGACGUGCAGUCCAACCUUGAAAUACCUUUGGACAGUGAGAUCCUUGUUCUUCUUGGGAAGUCGAUCAACGGAGUUCAUCCAGAGAUCACCGAAGACUGCGUUCUCUGGCUAUCUUCUAUUCUCGAUGCAACACGAACAAGGGCUGCCAUAAAUUAUGACUUAAAACAGUUUUUCUCUCCCUCAUUCCGUUUGGCCAACGUGUGCGCAAUUUCCGAUGUUAUUGGCAUCGACCAGCCAGAUGAGUUUUUCAAGGAAAUGUCAAAUUUCGCAAAUCCACGGUUCUUCAUCGAUAACAAGCUAUGGAUAUCCACUUUGUGCUGGAACGAUGAGAUGGAGGUUGUCAAAAAUGAAUCUGUCGAAUCGCUGAACCUUACAUCACAAGACUCUGAGACAAUCAAAGCCUUUGGCCGGCUGGUCACUAAACAAUGGAUCCUGGAAAUAGUGAAGUUGCACAUGGAUGAAGGAGAAGCUAACGCAGAGUUUCAGCCCGAUCUGGUUUACUUCUUCUACUUGAUUAUCCUCAUCUCUUCGUAUGGCUACACUCCCUACAUGAAAUACUCAGAAUGGCUUGAAAUUUGUGAUGAGAUCUACAACAAAGAGGAGAAACAAUCUCAUGUGGCACUAAGUGAAGUGUAUUGUUCUCUGCUGCUAGCCAACAAAUACAACUCUAAACACUUGGAGGAAACUGAUGAGGCAAUCUCUGCGAAGCUGGCUGAGAUUUUCAAGACCGGCAUCACUCAAUCCACGCACAAAAUCUGGAAAGUGUUUUGCUGGUGGCUCCCUGCUCAUUUUGAUUGCCGUCGGGCCCCUAAAGUUGUGUCUGUCAUAUGCGACUUUGAGGUUCCUCUAUCGGGUGACACUUCCCCCUUCAAUAUUUCGUCCAGAAUCGGAUUCCUCAAGUCGUACAUGUCUUCAGCGUUGAACCGCUACCACGACUUUGAUGGAGUCACAAGGAGGUUUUUCGGCUCGCUAUCGCACCCAUACCAGAUUGUAUCUGAAAGAUCUGCUGCUAUCCUUUUUGAUGCAUUAUCAUACACUUCCAUUAAACUGUUCAGCAAUAAAGAAAGACUGCUCGAAGCUUCUCACGAGAAUCCGAAUGGAAUGGGUCUCUUACCCUUCGAGACGCCUCCUGUGUUUGCUGAGUGUCUGACUUCAUAUCUCAACAGGGUGAAACAAUUAAGUACCACGAUCAAAGGUCUUUCCACUCAGGAAAUCGUGGACUCAGAGUACAUGUUCCACGUUCGUGGGCUUCAUACACUGCUGCUGUAUAUUUUGAAAACUUCUUAUGGAGUUCUGCUUGUUCCAUAUCUCAAAGACUACAUUCUGCCUCAUCUUUUUGAGCUCGAUACCAUGAAAGAUGUGUGUCAAUUGGCGCAUCUGAACACAAAUGUGAUGUAUUUCUUGAUUGCCUCCAUCCGCUAUGACGAAGAACAGACCAAGAUGUUCAUUGAUCUAAUUGUGAACGAUUUUGGUUUGGAGCAUCCAAACAUGGUGCAAAAAGAGCACUUGCUGACAAUCGUUCAGAGCUACUACACAGUUCGGUACCUGACCAUCACCUCUGAUCAAAGGGCUCUGCUGAUUGAGAAGGUUGUCUCAUUUUUGUACUCAAAUCCUGUAUCCGUGAAGGAACAGGCCGCGGCUGUGUUCUCUGCUAUUGUGCAUGGUUCCAUGUCUUUCGAGAUGCAACCGCUGAUUGAAAGUUACAUUUUCAAGUUUACAAAAAUCAUCAACACGCACCGUCGUGUGAAGGGUAAGAAGUUGACUUCUGACGAACUUAAUCUAGUUCACGGUGCCACACUAGGUUUGGGAGCCCUACUAAACGCAUUCCCAUACACUUCGCCUCCUCCGAAAUGGCUGCCAAAUAUCCUAUGGCUGGUGGCAGGAAGGUGUUCUAGUUACGAGGGUGUCAUCUCGAGAACCGCCAAAAGCAUUCUGUCAAAGUUCAAGAAGAACCGUCAAGAUACCUGGCACAUUGACUCAAAAUUCUUUACUGAUGAUCAACUGGAGGAACUCGAGGGUGUUUCGGGAAAAUCGUAUUAUUUAUAG